CCUAGGAGCGCACCAGUGUGAACCAGUUGCAGGAGCAGGGGCUGGCACAGCAGCGCACAUAUACACGCGCACGCCGGUGUUUGCAAGAACUUCAGCCUUGCUGUUGGGAGGUUUGAAGUUCUACUGACUGGAACGACGUGCUUCCGAAGCUGUCGAGUUUUUCUUUUGGCUGUUCAAGAGGCUGCCUCUUGUCUUGGCUCCUGUAGACCUGCACACUCUGCUGACCAUGAAAGGCUUUCCACGAUCAUGCUUCUUGCAGCUCACCCAGAUGGCUCUGAUCCUGAAGCUGGUUUACAUGAGCAGGGCUUCUGAGUAUGACUACUUGAGCUGGAAGUCAGACGGUUACCACGCCGGGUCCAUCUAUGUCAAGCCGCCACGGUGUGUGGACAUCCCGGAUGACCUGCGCCUCUGCCAUGGCGUGGGCUACAAGGAGAUGCUGCUGCCCAACCUCCUGGAACACGAGACUAUGGCUGAGGUGCGGCAGCAGGCGGGCAGCUGGGUGCCCCUGGUGCACAAAAACUGCCACCCCAAUACUCAGCUGUUCCUGUGCUCCCUGUUCGCCCCUGUGUGUCUGGAGCAGCCCAUCUAUCCCUGCCGCUGGCUGUGCGAAGCGGUCCGUGAUGGUUGCACACCCAUCAUGGAGGCCUUUGGUUUCCCCUGGCCUGACAUGCUCACCUGUGACAAGUUUCCUGAAGGGGAUGUGUGCAUUUCCAGGACUUCAUCAAAUGCCAGCGAAGCCACCAAGCCCACAGGCGUUUCCCCCAUCUGUCCACCAUGUGAUAAUGAAAUGAAAACAGACGCCAUCCUGGAGCACUUGUGUGCCAGUGAAUUUGCCAUAAAGACUAAGAUCAAGGAAGUAAAAAAGGAGAAUUUGGAUCGCAAGGUUGUCCUGCAGAAGAAGAAGAAGGCACUGAAGCUGGGGAACCUGAAGAAGAAGGACCUAAAAAGUCUAGUGCUCUACCUGAAGAAUGGGGCUGACUGCCCCUGCCAGCAACUUGACCACCUGGGGAACACCUACCUGAUUAUGGGGCGAAAGGUAGACAAGCAGUACCUACUGACUGGCAUCCACAAGUGGGACAAAUCCAGUAAGGAGUUCAGAAAGGCUGUAAAGAAACUGAGGAGCCACAAGUGUCCAGCUUUCGAGACUGUUUUUUAAAUCAGUUUCUUGCAUCUUUAGAUGCAUCAGAACUUGCACAAUGAGAAUUACCCUAAUCUUUUUUUAAAUAUAGAUAUCUAUUUCCAGUGUCAUAGUGGAUUCAUUCUCUUUUCCUCCUGUUGUCCACCAUGAACAGGAUCACACAUAGCAGUACUAACCAAGUAUUAAAGCACAAGUUGCAAAAGGAACCUGGGGCUGCUCAGAGAGGAAGUCUCGAAGUAAAUAAAAAAUAAAUUGCCACAUUCAUACAUCUGCAUAGCUUCCGAAAUGAAAAAUAAUGGAAUGGGUUAUUACUUGCUCCGGUCUUUAUUUGAAACAUUUUUUAAUACCUUUGUUUUGCUGAGAUACAACAGAACAUUAUUAUUGUCGGCUAUAGUCAUUGGUCUAGUGAAUCUUUCUCACUUGUUGAUAGCGUCAUUUACAGAACUAGCUACUAAUAUUUUUGUCAGUUUCGGUCAUUCCGUAAAAACAAGUAACUCCAUAACUUUAAGCUUAUUUACUCUGAGUAUGUUAGCCUUAUCAAGUUAUUACUGCACUAUAAUACUCAUUGGUGUUGAUGACAAAGGAUGACACAAGAUGUUUCUCUUUUAUUCUUCAAUUAAGUGUGGGUGUGUUACUGUAAACCACUGUGCAAUCUUGCAGCUGUAAGAAAUAAUUUUCAUCCAGUUGUUUCUCAUAGAAUUCUUUCAGUGAUAAUUGGCAUGAGUUUUCUUUUUUUUAACAUUUUUGUAAGAAUAAUUGUUAUACUCAGAAUUAGUUAAAAUUACAAUAAGCUCUUCUGGCAUGUUUGGUCACUUGAAAACACAAUGAUAUGAGUGUUACUGAUGUAAAAUACAGUUUGAUCAACAUUAAAUGGUUAUUGUGCAGUCUUGAGUGCAGACUGACAGUUUGCUUGUGUGUGCAAUUGUUUUAACUGCUCGGAACUGAACCAGCUAUAUUCCACUUAUUCGUUGCCUUGGUAGUUUCAGUGCAGUGUAGACCCUAAUUAACAACAGAUUGAUUUUUGAGUGUCCAGCAAAGACCAGCCACUUCCUCCUUAGAUUUGCAUGUUACAGUCUAAACCGUUUAUUGCACCAGUACAGAAUGCAACUGGUAGUUUUUUUUUUUUAGUCAUGGUGGCUUCAGGGCUGGAAGGGAGCCUAACGGCUUCAAUAAUAGUUGUCCUGUCACUUAAGUGGUCAGUACUGAACAGCUGAAAUGGACAUAUCUUUCUUCUGUGUUCAAAUGACAUAACCAAUGGCAGACUGUUAACCAUUAAGGAAACAAGUAUUCAGUGGUAUUUUGAAUGUAGUUACAUUAUGCUGAAACAACUGUGCUGUAAUAAACUGUAUUCAAUUUUAUCACUGGUCACUUAAAUAAAUGGUA